GUUCAAAAAAUUAAAUAAAUAAAUAAAUAACCGUUGACGAUACAGAGAGUCUCAGUUCGCCAUGGAAGCGUCGCAGCAGCUCGUAAUCGAAGAAUGGAACGGCUCCUCUUCCACCAAGCUUUUCAAGACUGCCACCAUCACUGUCUCUCCAGCUCUCUCCGUCCACAGAUCCGGCAGCGGUUUCAACCAUGUUUGGAGACGAUUCCUCGAUGCAUUUGUACCUGAGGGUUUUCCGAGAAGUGUCACUCCGGAUUAUGUCCCUUUUCAAGUGUGGGACUCUUUACAGGGACUUUCAACAUAUAUAAGAACCAUGCUCUCUACUCAAGCUCUUUUGAGUGCUAUUGGGGUUGGUGAGAAGUCAGCUACGGUCAUUGGUGCCACAUUUCAGUGGUUCUUGAGAGAUCUAACAGGUAUGAUUGGAGGAAUCUUAUUCACAUUUCAUCAGGGCUCAAAUCUUGAUAGCAAUGCCAAAAUGUGGCGUUUGGUAGCAGAUCUCAUGAAUGAUUUAGGAAUGUUGAUGGACCUUCUUUCUCCCUUGUUUCCUUCAGCCUUUCUUUUCAUUGUUUGCUUGGGGAGCUUAUCAAGAUCAUUCACUGGUGUUGCCAGCGGAGCAACCAGAGCUGCUCUGACACAACAUUUUGCCCUUGAAAAUAAUGCAGCAGAUAUAUCUGCCAAGGAAGGAAGCCAAGAAACAGUGGCGACAAUGCUUGGCAUGGCAGUAGGAAUGCUUUUUGCUCGUGUUACAAUGGAAAAUCCACUAGCCAUUUGGCUUACCUUUCUAUCUCUUACCAUGUUCCAUAUAAUCCAUCAUUAAAUGUCCAUGCUUACGGCUUUUAGUCUUAGAUUUAGUGUGGAGAAAUUUCUAUAUUUUCAUUGAUUUGGAGGAAUACCAUUUGAUUAUAUUGCCCAUGCCAAAGGAAAAAACUUGCAGGAAAGAUUCAAGGAGGAUGCUGAUGAAUUGAACUGUUGGAUUGAGCUUACUUAUCUCUCAUUUUCUCUCUCAAGAUUAAAGUUUGAAUGAAUGAAAUGGCACUUG